GGAAACCAAAGCUUUCCUCGUUUUCGCUCUCAAAUUUCACAAACCCUAGUAAUCUUUCUUUCUUUCUUUUUUUCCCACUCAAACUGUGCAAGAGUUAGUUUUAAUGGCGGAAAACGGCGAGGAGAAGCUGCUGGCGGUUGCGCGCCACAUCGCCAAGACGCUCGGUCACAACGACAACAUGGCCGACGAUAUUCUGCAGAUUUUCUCCAAUUUCGACGGGAGGUUUUCUCGCGAGAAAAUGGCCGACGACGAUCGGAGAAACUCCGCGGCUCUUGAGUUGACUCUCAAGUCGCUGGAGCGGCAGAUCUCGCAGUACGUCGCCGCCGACCAGCCUAUCUGGUCCGACUCCGCCGAUUCCGCGGCCUUUCUGGACGCCGUCGACGACUUGAUAACGACUAUAAGGGACUGGACUCCGAUGGCCGGGGACAAGUCCGUUGGCGCGUGUCUUGUACGUGCCGAGGAUUUGAUGCAGCAGACGAUGUUCCGGUUGGAGGACGAGUUCAGGACCUUGGUGGAGCGCGGCGGCGAGUCGCUCGAGCUCAACCGCGCGUUCCGGAGCGAGUCGAAUGGGAACUCGUCGUUUGACGAUGAAGACGACGAAGACGAGGAGGGAGUGAUCGGCGACGGCGAGGAGCACCAGAUCCCGACGGCGCAGCCGAUCACGGACUACGACAUCGUCAUCGACGCGCUGCCGUCCGGAACCAUCAACGAUCUUCACGAGAUCGCGAAGCGGAUGGUGGCCGCCGGCUUCGGGAAAGAGUGCUCGCACGUGUACAGCAGCUGCCGGCGGGAGUUUCUGGAGGAGAGUCUUUCGCGGCUAGGGUUACAGAAGCUGAGCAUAGAUGAGGUGCAGAAAAUGCCGUGGCAAGAUCUCGAGGACGAAAUCGAACGGUGGAUCAAAGCCGCUAACGUCUCGCUUCGGAUUCUGUUCCCCAGCGAGCGAAGACUCGUUGACCGCGUCUUCUACGGCCUCUCCUCCGCCGCGGACCUCUCGUUCAUGGAGGUCUGCCGAGGAUCGACGAUCCAGAUACUCAAUUUUACCGACGCCGUCGCGAUCGGGAGCCGAUCGCCGGAGAGACUGUUCAAGGUGUUGGAUGUGUUUGAGACUAUGCGAGACUUGAUGCCGGAAUUCGACGCCGUGUUCUCGAAUCAGUACUGUUUGUUUCUCAGGAACGAAGCUGUUACGAUCUGGAAAAGGUUAGGUGAAGCAAUUAGAGGAAUUUUCAUGGAAUUAGAGAAUCUUAUCAGCCGUGACCCGGCCAAGACUCCGGUUCCGGGCGGUGGGCUUCACCCGAUUACCCGUUACGUGAUGAAUUAUCUCCGAGCGGCGUGUCGUUCGCGGCAGACGCUGGAGCAAGUGUUUGAGGACAAUGCUGGAGUUCCUCAUCAGUCCAAGGUGGAUGAUAGGGCUUCUUCUUCGUCCAUGUCGGUUCAGAUGGCUUGGAUUAUGGAGCUGCUGGAAAGCAAUUUGGAGGCCAAGUCGAAGAUUUACAGGGACUCGGCUUUGUGCUCUGUGUUUAUGAUGAACAAUGGGAGGUACAUUGUUCAGAAAGUUAAAGACAGUGAGCUGGGAUCGCUAUUGGGAGACGAUUGGAUCCGGAAACACUCAGCCAAAGUUAGACAGUACCAUGUGAACUACCAGAGAAGUGCGUGGAACAAGGUCGUGGGAGUGUUGAAGCUCGAUAGUGGCUCACUGGCGCCCAAUGCUGCAGUCAAGUCCAUGAAAGAGAAACUCAAGUUGUUCAACAUCUACUUCGACGAAAUCUGUAAAAACCAAACCAAUUGGGUCAUUUUUGACGAGCUGCUCAGAGACGAUUUGAGGAUUUCCCUCAUCAAAAUCGUGUUGCCUGCAUACCAAAGCUUUGUGGGAAGGUUUCAGAAUGUUCCUGAAAUUGGGAGGCAUGACAAGUAUAUCAAGUAUGACGCCGAGGACAUUGAGGCUCGGAUUAAUGGCUUGUUUCAAGGGAGUCGUGGAUCUGGUGGUGGCCGGAAGUGAAGAAGGUAAAGCUGCUUGCUAGUGAUGAACCUUUGUAUGUACUUAAAAGUUUUGUAUGAAUUCAAUGGUCCAAAAUGACUUUGGCCUUGUAUUAUUAGAUAUUUGUUUCAGUUUAUUCUAGUUUGCCUCUC